UUACUGUCGACUGUCAUAAUGAUCCUGAAAAUAUAAUUGUGACUAUAGAUACAGAUAUACCAUUUUUGGGUCUUGCAUAUGUUACUUCUAAGUAUAAUGAUCCUAGAUGUGUGAUACAUGGUCAUGGUAACAAUACAACUAAACUUAAGAUACCAUUUUUAGGAUGCAAUACUUCAAAAAAAGAUACAGGAUUAUUUAUGAAUAGAAUAACUAUUCAACAACAUCCAUUGAUUGUUAGUUCUGGAGAUGGAGAGUAUGAAGUAGGAUGUAAAAUGUAUUCUGGAGAUAUACAAAUUGAUAGCGGAAAUAAUAUGGAAGUCACGUAAGUCGGCCGUUUACUUAUAGCUAGGAAGUUCAACUGAAACAAUUAUAUUUGAUGUUAACAUAAAAUAAAAAAGGCGAUAAAAGUGUAGUAACAAAGGACUUCAUAAAGUUGCAGCUGUGUAGCAGGUUCACAAAGUCUGAGAGACAUUGAUUGAGUUUAAACAGUAAAUUUUUUUAAGAUAUAAAUAAUUAAACUAUAUAGAAAU